AUGAAGGUAGUCGCGACUGAGAUUCCCCUGCGAGUUUUGACGCACAACAUCCGGUAUGCAACUACUUCCCCGUUCAAAGGCGAGCGGCCUUGGGAAGAACGAGCACCGCGCCUCCUCAACGAGCUCCGCUAUAACACUCGCAACCAGGAUGCAUUCAUAUGCCUACAGGAGGUUUUGGACAACCAGCUCAUAGAUAUAUUGUCUGGGCUGAACGCGAGCGACUCUACCAACCCGGCAACCGCCUCUAAGAGCCCAAACCAGACGUGGGCCUAUAUCGGCGUUGGUCGAGACGAUGGCUACAAAGCCGGCGAGUACUCACCCAUACUGUACCGCCCCUCAGUCUGGGAGCUUCGACAUUGGGAGACCGUCUGGCUCUCUGAGACGCCCGAGGUGCCGUCGAAGAGUUGGGAUGCCGCAUCAAUUCGCAUUGUGACCAUCGGGGUCUUCACUCACCAUGUCAGCCGCCAUACAGUCCUGGCUAUGAGCACGCAUUUGGAUGACCAAGGGUCACGUUCUCGAUAUGAAGCGGCUCAUAUCAUUCUGCGGAAGAUUGAAGAGUACCGGAAUGGGCGCUUUGGUAAUAUUAUUUCCGGCGUCUUCCUUGGCGGAGAUCUGAACAGCGAAGCUACCCAAGAAGCGUACACCGUGUUGACGGCUUCGACGUCACCGCUGGUCGAUUCGGCGAGUUUGGUGGACACGACCGACUACUACGGUAACCAGACCACCUGGACGGGCUUUGGAUACGAGGGGCAGCCUCCCACACGCAUCGAUUAUGUCCUUCUGGGACCAGCCGUUCCAGACCAGAGUCCUGAUCGCGGCCUCCCAUGGGGGAUCGAAGGGUAUGCCGUUCUGCCAAACCGGUUCGAUGACGGGGUGUUCAAUUCGGACCAUCGAGCGGUGGUGGUGGAUGCCAAAUUGCGCAGUCCAUUUUAG